CUUCGCGUCCUGCGCCCACUUAUCUCAGGCCAGAUCGAGGCGGAAUGCGUUAUCGACUCCGGGUCCGAGGGGGUCAUGAUGCGUAAGGAUGUCUGGGCGGCAACCGGAUUGCCUCUUUUUCUCGACGAUGCGAUCAGCAUCACCGCAGCUAAUUCGACUACGACACGAACGCUCGGUGGUCUCCGCAACGUCCUCUUCAACAUCGGCGGGAUGGAAGUCUACCUCCAGGUCCAGGUCAUCGACGACGCGCCGUGGGAGGUAUUACUCGGGCGGUCAUUCUUUACCCACACAGCUUGCGAAACAAAGGACCUACCUGACGGCUCGUCGACGCUGACGCUCACACACCCGGAAACAGGCGAACGUGUUCUAGUUCCGACACUCGAGCGC